AUGCUGGAUAUUCUGCUAGCUUUUCUGGUGGUGCUGUUAGUGGCUAAGUGGUGGCUGAGUGGACAGAGGAAGGGACUACCCCCAGGUCCGCCCUUUGCUCUACCAUUUGUGGGACAUCUGUACCUUCUGCCAAAAGAUCCAAUGAGUUUGCUGGAAAAAUGGAGAAAGAAGUAUGGUAAUGUGUACAUGCUAAAGUUUGGGAGUCAACCUGCACUUUUCAUUCACGAACAUGGUUUUCUCUGUGAGGCUUUGGUCAAAAACCAUGAGACAUUCAUGAACAGAAAUGAAACCUUUGUGACCAAAACUCUCUUAGGUUGCAAGGGUAUUUUCUCCCUGAGUGGUGAUGCAUGGAAGGAGCAGAGAGCUUUUGUUCACGCCACACUUAGAGAUCUAGGAAUGGGUAAGAAUGUCAUGGCUGAAAGAAUCCAGGAAGAAGUCAAACAUUUUUUACGUUCAAUAGAGGAGACUAAGGGACAACCAACAAACUUUUCAAACUUGAUAACUGCCACAGUAUGUAAUAUCAUCUGUGGUGUCGUCUUUGGGAAGAGAUUUAGCCACAAAGACGAACUCUUUUUGGAGUUGUUAUCAAAUCUGCAGUUUUUAUUUCGUGAGCUUGGAACCUCAAUGCCAAUACAGUUUUUCCCAUUUCUCAAAUACUUACCAGGUGAUUACUUCCUUUAUCAUGAGAGUGUCCAUCGUUGCCAAAGAAUGAAGUCAGUCAUUUGGGAUAUGAUAAAUAAAAAUGGCCGAAAAGUUAAUACCAAUGACGAAUCAUUUGAAGAUCUUGUCCAGGCAUAUCUCACCGAGAUAGAGAAGAAAAAAGUGGCUGGAAUUACAAAUACAUCCAUUGAUGAAGAGAACCUUCUGCACACUGUGUGGAAUUUUUUCAAUGCUGGGACUGAAACAACAAGCAAGACGGUCAUUUUUUGUCUACUGUAUCUGGUUUACUUCCAGGACAUCCAAGAGAAACUCUUUCAGGAGAUUCAUGAGAAUAUUGGCACUGAAAGAUCACCUCAAAUGUCUGACAAACCGAAACUGAAGUUACUGAAUGCCUUUCUGCUAGAGACAUUCAGACAUUCAAAGAUGGGCCCUUUUGCACCAGAUAGGGUGGCAAGUAAGGAUGUUGUACUAAAAGGCUUUCUCAUUCCAAAAGGAACAGUAAUCAUUCCAGUUUUUGAUUCGAUAACACAGAAUAAAGAAGUAUGGGGCGAUCCAGAAAACUUCCGACCAGAACGAUUCUUAGAUGAAGCUAAGAAGGAUUUUACGGUCUUCUCUGUUGGUAAACGCAACUGUGUUGGAGAAGCAAUGGCAGUGAUGGAGCUCUUUCUAAUCCUCUCCUCGAUGAUCCAGAGGUAUCAGUUCCUACCAGAGAGACACGGCCAGAAGCCUUCACUGGAAACAGAAUUUGGAUUCACAAGAUCACCAGAACCUUUCAAAGUUAGGGCUGUGCUGAGAUCAAAUAAGAAGUCCACGGAUUAA